ACGUGAGUAUUUGAUCUUGUUUUAUGCCUAUUUUUGCAUAUUUUAAGCCUAAAUAUAUGUACAGAGGGAUUAAAAAUUGGAAAUAAACUAUAUUGUAGUUGGUAAAAAGUUUUAAAGAGACAAAAUUUAUCGCUAUUUUUAACAUUAUGUUGUCAAGUUCGACCGUAUCUUCUUUUUUUUUGUUGCCAUAUUGAUAUUUUUAGUCCCACGCACUGACUUUACUGCUGCGUAAACAUGGUAAAUCGGAGUCGUGAAGUUCUGAACAUGUGUUGUGAACGCUUUUUACAAAUUUCAGUACAAAAAAGAUUUGAAACUUACUUUACCUGAGUCACUAUGGGAUCACGAGGCAGAAGACGGAGCGAUAGCGAAGAUGACAGGACCUUGUUUGCCAAGGGUCUCUGUUACAGCACCACUGAAGAGACCCUGGUGGAGACCUUUGGGGCGGUAUCUGCCAGGAUACCUGUGAACAACCAGGGCAGAUCUAAAGGAUUUGCUUACAUCGAGUUUGAGGAUGAGGAUAAGGCUGAGGAUGCCCUGCAACAACACUCCGGCAUCGAGAUCGACGGCUGGACCCUCGCCCUGGACUACGUUGGACGCAAGAGGAAGAACUUUGACGAAUCUGGCGAUGGUGGCGGAUCCAGGAGACGCGAUGGAGGAAGGCGAGAUCGAGACGGUGGCAGGCGGGAUGGUGGACGUGAUGGCGGCCGGGAUGGUGGCCGUGAUGGCGGCCGUGAUGGUGGCCGUGAUGGUGGCCGUCGCUAUGGAGGAGGAGGAGGAGGAGGAGGUAGCUACGGGUUCCAGUCUGGAGGACGCGACUAUGAUUCGAGGCCGCCGCGGGGAGGUGGCCGUGGAUCCGACCCCCAGAACAGGACAGUUUAUGUGAAAAACAUCGCUCCUGACUCGGAUGAGAGCUCUCUCAUGGACCUUCUGGGAUGUUCUUCUGUUAGGAUUCCUAGAUUCAGGGACUCUGAUGAAAUCAAAGGCUUCGCCUAUGCAGACUUUGAGGACCAUGCUUCAGCCCAGUCUGCUAUUGACACUCUGAACGGAGAAGAGGGAUUAUUCCUGGAGUUUGCUCGGGAGCGAGGAGGUGGUGGUGGUGGCGGCGGUGGUGGUGCCGGCGGUGGUGCCACCGGCGGUAGGGAUCGCUCAGACAACCUAUCUGAGAGAACUCUCUACAUCAAGGGAAUCUCCCUGGAUACCGACGAGGAUUCGCUUGCCGAUCUUCUUCAGUGCUCGGAGGUCAGAAUUCCCCGUGACAGGGACACCGAUGAAAACAAGGGGUUUGCGUAUGCCGACUUCAAAGACAGAGCAUCGGCCCAGAAAGCCAUCGACAAUGUGGAUGGAACGGAUGGUUUGAUGCUGGAGUUUGCUCGCGAGAGGGGCGGAGGACGUGGCGGACGUCGUGGAGGCUUCCGUGGACGUCGUGGAGGCGGCGGCUAUCGCGACAAUCGCAGCGGCGGAUACAAUGGCUAUUGAUUGCAUGGCCAUUGAGGCUGGUGGACAUUAUGCAGAUUAUAAAGAGGAGCAAGUCAUUUCACUGAAAACCAACACGCAGACAGAAGAAUGGACAUAUAUACAUACACAACGCAGAAAUUGAAGCAUUAAAAUUCGUGGCAAAAAUGAGUAAGCUAGGAGCCACACGGUAGAGUAAAGAACUGUUUGCCUGGUAAGUGAGCAAAAAGAAGCAAAAAAAAUUAAAGCGAGCGCCGAGCUCAGAAUUUUCUCCAUCGAAAUCGUUUGAAUUGAAAUUUUUUCGUGCAUUUCGGGCAGUUUUAGAACCAGGCCCAGAUUUUAAGGAUUUAUCGGAAUUCCCAAGAAGGGUUCCUGUUGGGGGCGUCGAAUUUAGUGCCUAUCAUCGUGGCGAGGGCAGAAAAAAAAAGCAGCAAAUCGGAUAAAAAGUAGAAUCUAUCGUCUACUUGUGGCUAUUAAAUGACCAAGCAAAUUAGCUAUGGUUAGGAAAACGGAGUGAACUAUACUCACAGAGAUUUUUUAAAAGAGAAUAAAACUAUGUAAAUCUAGAGUGCAUGGGAGGCAAUUUAAACUUGGAAAUUAAGAAGUGUAGCACCACCAGUACGGUGAUGAAUGAGGAUCUUUACAUGCAGGAAUGACAGAGAUAAUUCUGUUCUGUUGGUUGUCAUGCAGAAUCCAGAUUAAAUGACAAUUCACCUAAUUUACCAUUCUGAGAUUUCAAAUAAUCAUAUGAAUGAAUUUUAAAAUUACCAAUUUAUUGUCAUAGAAUUAAUGUCAUUUGGGUAUUCAAAGGGUUAAUUUCAUAUAUGUGCACACUUCUUAAUUGACCAUGUGUAAUCUAUGGUUUUGAUUCAGUCCAAGGUUCUGGUAGAAUCUUGAAAUAAAUUUUAAAGAUUUGUUAAUUUCUCCUUCCUCCAAGUGAAAACGGGGUGCGAAUAUUUUUGUUUAAACCAUUCUUAUUUUAUACAAAUUAAGUCCAUGAUGUUUGAUUUUAUAAAGGAGUCAAUUACAAAUAUGAAAAAAGCAACGAGUGCCACACAUGGGGAUGUAAUAGAAACCAGAGACCAAAAACCUUAAGUUUUGUAUUAAAAUCAGGAUUUGUUUUAUUCUAAGGGUUUUUUUUUUCCAAUUGAUACAUACACGUUUUUAUUGUAAUGAAAUUUGAUUUUACCACUUUUUGAACGGUAUUGAGGUUAGUAUAUUCUAUUUCGCGGUGUUCAUUUUUAUCCUUUCUCUGAAUUUUAAUGAAUGAUCUUCAUAUGCUGCAUUGGAUAUGGGGUAUAGGGGCAUUUUGCAUUUGGAUAUAAAUGGUAAUGCUAUAUAAUAGUACUUGGCUCUAUCUCAAAUGUAAGUGUACUUUUGAAUACAGAUCGUCCACAAAUGUUUUGUUAGCUUAUUUGACAUCCAUUUUUAAACGUUAUCCAUUCUUUUUUUAACUAAAUUUGAAUGAAGGAUGAUAUAUAAAGUAAACUGUGAAAUGAUGUUAAUCUUGAUUCAAUAUCGUAUGCAAUAUUGUUUAGAACCACAAGGAAGAAAGUUGUACUGUGGUGCAGGGAACCACCAAAGUUAAAUUUAAAAAAAUAUAUCCGAGAGUUGGAAAAACAAAACAAAAGAAUAUACUCACUCCUUCAUGAGGGUCAAUAUAAGGAAUGGUAGAUAUCAGUUUUCACAGCUGAACAUAGUAAAAGAUCAAUAUGCUAUAGAGUUGGAGAUUUGAUUUUGCACCAGUCCGCCCAUGUCAAACUUUGAUAUGUAAAUAUUAAUCAUGAGUAUGUAAGAUGUAGUUUACAGUAAGUGUUUCUUUGGAGUAAGAGUACUUUUUUAGAUGGUUUUCUUUCUUUUUUUAUGUUGUUGCAAAUACGAUUAGGGAGCGUUUUAAAGACCAAGCUUGUCAAUGAGGUUUGGAUAUAUGUAGAAAUAGAACAAGUUCAGUUUGUAUGUGUGGAUCGGAAGCUGUCCUGCAGCUAGUUUUAUCAUUCAGUUAUAUAUAAAUAUUCCAUUUUUACCUCAGACUAUGUAGCAUACCCACCAUAAUGCAUAUUUGAAAAAUAAGAAUUAAUGUUCAGUAAGUGCACAAAUCAUGUGCUCACCGGUAAUAGCAAUUGAUUUGUGUUUAACUCGUCGUUUUCGUCAAUCGAAAUAAUCAAUCAGAAAAUUGCAAGCAGUUUACGCCUAGAGGCGUAUUGAGAGACUGAUGUUGAUGUGCUGAGUAGAAUAUAAAAGGACACAAAUAUUUUAUUCUUACAUGUAAUUUCUGGAAAAUGUGUUGAUUUUUUAUUCUAAUUAAUUUAUUCCUUUUUUUAAAUAUUCAAUUGUGUGAAGUUUUAGUCGUAGAUUCGUCAUUUCUACCACGUCGGUUAAAAGUCGAGUAAUGUAUUUUGCUACAUUCGUGUAUUGAAAAUCAUGAAUUUGAAUUCUUUAUUACACUAUUUUGAUGGCAAUUGAAUUAAAUUGAAAGUAAUGUUUA